GUCUCCUCUUUGUUGGGAAUUUUGAACGCUCACUCACCGAAGGUCCGACCUAUCCUUGUCAUAGUUGUUAUCGCUUCGCGCGUUUUAACUCGUUGCUGUAAUCACCAAUCUCUCAAUGUCGAAAUUUUUGAUAAUUGUUGGAUGAACAUAAAUUUUUUUUUUAAUUUACACGUGUUACUUUAAAUGAAACAUUUUUUUAAUUUCUUAAUGAAAAAAUUUACAAAAAAUAGUGUUAAAUACAUGGUUUUCUUUGAAAAAGCCAGCAUAAAUUGGUUGUUUAAAUAAUAGUUAUAUAGAUUUUAUUUUCAUAAAUCAUUAACAUGACAGCCGUUGUCAGUGUACCGGCAAAUGAAGGAAUUUGUAUUAAAAAUGAACGAGAUGAUCCUGAAAUUAAUGCUAUGGCUCUUAAAAUCAAAGAAAAUAUGCAAAAGACUGCUGCAGCAGCUUCUUUGAGACCUGCUGCAACACCUAAUAAUGUAUACAUAAAUAGGGCUGGUAGACCAGUUCCUAUUACAAACAUACCAGUAGCCACUGUUAAAGAAAGUAUAAAGGAUUCUUGUAGUGAAGAUGAUCAAAGCAUUAAAGGUAGGUUUGGUUGGAAAACAAUUGGUUCAUGCAAUGUCCCAUACAUUAUACGAGUCAUUGAUAAUGAACAGUUGAAAUUUGUAUCUGUGAGAAUUGCUGAAAGUCAACUUUUAAGCAAAUAUCUAAAUUAUUUGCAUGCAGAUAUAUAUACUUGUACUUCAGUGAAGAGCCAUUUUAUAACAGAGUGUGAAGCUAAGUUGCUUAAUGAUAUUAACCAGAGACAUUGUGAUCAGUCAUAUGGGAAAGAUCCUUUUUAUGCUGGUAAAGACUAUAUAGUUCGUUUAGAAGAUGUAGAAGAGUUCUAUGCAUUCAUAGAAGUUUGUUAUAAAAAAUUGUUAUGCAAUAUUACACCUGGGCGUCGAGAAAAAUGUGGUUUUAUACGAAUUAAUAAUGAAUCAGUGGUUCCAUAUUGUAUAAAAAAUGAUCAAAAGUAUGUUCCACUUUUCUACUUUGAGGGCGAAACUGAUAAUUUAAGAUUAAGAGCAGAAAAACUUGAAAAUUGGAAUUUAGCAUACUUAAAAUUUUGUUGCAAAGUUCAAGGCAUUAGAAAUGAAUUGUUUGCAAGUGAUUCAUGCAUAGUUACUAGCUUAGAAGAUAUAAAAAAUUACUUUCCACCAGAUACAAAUUUUGAGGAGUAUUGGCCAGCCAAAGUAGUUGAUACUCAGUUAUUAAACAAUCAGAAAGCCACAAAUGUUAAUCCACCAGCUGCUUGGGUUAGAGCUCCUCCUCCAGCUCUCAAUAAAGUGACUCCUCCAGAUAAUAUACUUGCACAUACAAUAACUUCAUCUAAUGUAACUCAACAAAAUAUUUCAAUAGCAAAUGGGAAUUAUCAAAAUGGUUGGGCUAAUAAUCAAUUGGUAAACUCUUAUAGUGCACAAAACCAGCCAACACGAGGCUAUUCUGGUGUAUCCAGAAAUCAAAAUGCAGCUGUUCAUUAUUAUAAUGUGAAUAAUUCAUUGAUUCAAAAUAAUAGUUCAAUGAAUACUCAGCCACCGCCAUUAGUUAGAGUUUCUAAUACAACUACUCCAGUAGUUGGAAAUUCUGUAUCUUAUGCCAGCACACCAAUGAACCAACAAAUGACAACAAUGUAUAAUCCUAUUGUUAACAACAAUGUUAUGUCGACUAAUAACCAAUUACGUCAAUUUUAUAAUAGUCAACGAGGACAAGGUCAAAUAAUAAAUCCUCAAUCUUAUGGUCAACCCAUACCAGUCGGUGUUCCGAAUUCUCGAUUAUCAAAUACUCAGCAACGUAAUACUUUAAGAAAUAUUGCUCCAAAUACUUCAGUGCCACAAGCUUCAGAAAUAAUUGAUCUUUCAUCACCACCAUCAAGUCCAGUACCACCACCCCAUCCUACACAAGAUCCAAAUCGUGGAUGGGAAUUGAAAAAAAUUCCUGAGCGGUCUUGGGGUACUGAUACUUCUAGCAAUGCUGCUUAUAAGAUUCAAAGGGCUACCUUACAGGGCAAAACAAUCUAUUGUAUUAAUGCGAAGCCAUAUAUGUACUCUGAUCUUAUGGUAACCAUUCAAGAUUUAGUACAAGCAUUAUUUCCUACUUGUUCUGUUCAAAGGUGUUCAACUUUGCUCUACAAAUUCCUUAAAACAGCAUUAUACAGUGGAAACACUGAACAAAUAGCUGUAUUGCGUGAAAAUGGUCGUUUAAAAAAUAUUUCUUAUGGUGAUGAAGUUCCAUUAGCCAUGUUAUCAGAUAUAAGCCAAAUACUUCUUCAACUGUGUCGAUUAGUUAAACAAGAUGAACAACAAUUCCAACAACAGGUUGGUCCACAAAAUAAACGUCAACGUCUCAGCUAGGAAUGGGUUGGGCCUGGUGGAAGCCGACCCGAGUGGCCAAAAAUGGCCAAAGGGGGAGUUAGUGGAUGGUAUACAAUGGCUGAUAGCAAUGACUGGUUAAAUGCUGGUGCUUCUCCACAGUCCUAUCAACAUAAUAACUGGCCAACUCUCCCUCCUUAUUUAUGAUUUCUUGUGCAAUAAUAUAUUUAUCAAUAAUACCAUUAGGUAAAUAUCAUGAUUUUUUUUCAAACUAAACAAUAAUAAAUGUAUCAUGUUAAAAAUACUAAAUGUUCCUGACAUUACUUUUACUGUAGUUUGGAUUAAAAUCAAUAUUUUUUUUUGACUAAAGUAAAUUUUAACAAAAUAAAACUAGGGUAUUUUGUUCCUAUGUUAUUUGUAAAUAUUUUUACAUUUUGUAAUUAUGUAUUAAUAGUCUGUUUAUAUUGUUUAUUAAAAACUUCUCGGGUUCUUAUUUCCAUUAAAUUGUAUGUGUUUAACAAAAAAGCAUUGAUAUUUUUUAAAGGAAAUUUACAAUUAAAUUAUAUUGUUUUUUAACAUUUUUGUUUUUGUUAAUUUAUUAUAUAAUUUUGUAUUGACCAAUAAAAUAUAUGGAUAUUUAUUGUAAA